AUGGCAGAGAGUGCUAUAACUUAUUUGGUACAUCAGCUUUCAACCUUGCUCAAUGGUGGACAAAAAUUUCUUGAAGGAAUUCAAGAAGAAAUUGUUCAUAUCAGGGAUGAAUUUGGAAAGAUGAGGACUUUCUCAAGAGUAGCUGAUGCAAAAGAAGAAAAAGAUGCUGAAUUACAAGUAUGGAUCAAGCAAGUACAAGACCUUGCACAUGAUGUCCAAGACAUUCUUGAAAAACAUGUUGUUAUGUGCAACAAUUUUCAAGAUAAGGGAUCAUGGCCACGGAAAAAAUUCCAUCUUUCAUUUUCGGAGAAGUUAUUUGAAGCUCAGCAUGAUAAUCUUUCAAUGUUAUUGGAAGGCAUCAAAGUCCGUAUCGUCAUCAUUUCUGAAGGACAUAUAACAUUUCUUCAGAAAUAUGGUGUUAUAGUAAGUGCUGAGAGUAGAAACAUUAAUACAUGGUGUGAUAACCAUGAAGAAGUAGUUCUUCAUGAUGAUGCAGAUCUGUUAGAAUGGAAAUUGCAUUGUAUAGUUGGAAGUAGAGGUAUAGGGAAAACCACCCUAGUCAAGAAAGUCUAUGAUGAUGCAGCGGUGAAAAAGCAUUUCAAUCAUACACUGUGGCUUGAGAUUCCAAGGGUUUCUGAUGUUAAGGAGCUAAUGAAGAACAUGAUUACUAUAAACAAUGACCAUUCCCGUCGAGUCAUUGAAGCCAUGGAUACUAACAUGUUGGCACAGUUCAUCCGACAACUCAUUGAGUCAUCAAGGUACUUUAUUGUCCUUGAUGAUGUCCCUGACAUUGGUACAUGGAGGGCUCUCAAAUGUACAUUUCCUAUUGAAAACUGUGGCAGCAGAGUCAUCUUCAUAUCGCGUUUUGCUGAACUAUGCCGUAACAUUUGUGUGGAAACUGGCGGUAUUUUCAGGCAGCCUAGUAUGUCCUCCACCCUUGACGCAAAUCUCCAAAGACAUCGUAGAAAACUGCAACGGUUUUCCACUGGCAUUUUUGGUGAUUGCUGGUGCACUGGCCACCAAAGGGAACAAUACAGAGGCAUGGGAGUUGUUUCACGGCAGCCUUGUUGGCAAGCUACAAGAAGCUUGAUCCAAGUUGCUAGAAAGUAUCCUGAUGGAAGGUUAGAGACAUUCAGAAUCCAUAACUUGUGGUAUGAAUUCAUUCUUUCCAAGUCAAGAGAAAGGAGUCACAAGGUCAGACAUCUAGUAAUCCAGGAUCAUUUGUCUAGUGAUAUACAAGACAUUGAUCAGUUUAAGCAUCUUCGCACUCUAAUAACGCUCGGGUCAUCAGCUUCUGUCUCUAGUUCAUUAUUGUUGAAGCUGUUAUCUGGCAGUUUUAAGCUGCUCAAGUGUCUAAACUUGAGGAGCACUAAGAUAAAACAUAUCCCAGGAUCAAUAGGGAAGCUUGAGAACCUUGAGUUCUUGGACCUAAGGGAGACAUUGGUAAACAAAUUGCCAGUCGAGAUACUAAAGCUUCAACAUCGCCAUAUCUUCAUUAAUCGCUUUGCUGCUGGUUAUAUACAUGGUUUUGAAGCUCCUAAGAAGAUAGGGACUCUUGUGUCUUUAGAAAUGGUGAAUCGUAUAAAUGCCACUACAAGCACAGUGAUUGAAUUGGGAAAGUUAACAAGACUAAGAAUGUUGUACAUCGCGAAGCUGAGAAGAAAACAUGGAAGGGAUCUUUGUUCUUCCCUUGACAAGUUGAUAAAUAUUCAACAACUAACUAUCUCAUCUUUUGGGGUGGGUGGCAUAAUUGACUUGCACUAUCCCCUACAUUCUACACACUCAUCCCUUCGAACAUUAGUCUUUGAAGGGUGUUUGGAGAGCUUUCCCCAAUGGGUAACAUCUCUUCAAGCCUUAGCCAUUGUUGUUUUAAGAGGGAGCAAGUUAAUGGACAAUGCACUAGAAACUCUUCAAGAUUUGCCCAGCCUUGUCAAACUCGUGCUAGACCGAGCCUUCGAAGGAGAAGAAUUGAGGUUCGGGGCAGGUAGAUUCAAGAAGCUGAAGAUAUUAUGCAUUUGGCACUCUACAAAGUUGAGACAGACGAAAGUGGAAGAGGGUGCAAUGCCUUUUCUUGAAGAGCUUCAACUGUGCAACUGUGGAUUAAUGGAGGAUUUGCCCUUUGGGAUUGAGCAUUUGAGGAAGCUUGGUUAUCUUUUGCUGGAAGAAAUUUCUGAAAAGCUGUUAAUGACUCUGCAGCUUAAGGACAGUCAAAGUGGGGAUUACUGGAAAAUUGCUCAUAUUCCUAAAGUUCAUGUGAAAAUGUUGUAA